GCUCAAGAGACGGGCAAAUUACUAAAUUACAAAACUUGUUUUUUCUUUUCCAAAAUUUGUAAACAAAAACAUAAAGGGUUGUUUAGAAACUAGAAAUUAGGGGCGGAUAAUUUGUUCUUUCUUUGAUUGGCAGACUGAGUUUGCUAAGCUCUGUAGAUGGUAGGUGAGUUUGGUUACCAAAAUAAAAAAAUAGGUUUUUGUAAUUAAAGGACACGAAGCAAUCGGUGCUGUGCUGUGUUCUUGGUCCGAUUGAGACCAAAAAUCCAGAGGAAAGUCGCUGUGGGUGUGUUGUAUUCGACGCAUGCAGAGAAGCUCAGCGCUGGAUCUCUUCUUUUUAUAUUUGACGCUUCAGCUGGAGCUCCACAGCUCUGUAACUCAGGAAUCUCCAAGUUAUUGUGGGCUCCAUGAACUCAAGAUAGAAGGUUUUGCUGUCUAUGAAGCCACUAAAAUCAUGGGAGAUGCUGUUCAGAAAAAAGAAUCUCUUUUCUGAUGGGGGAAGAUACGGCUUCAAAAUGAAGCAGCUGCCGUUUAUGGGUGUUAUUUGUACUGUAAUGCUUUUCAUUGUGUACAGAACCACAAAUUAUCAAUAUCAACACACACAGAUUGAAACGACCUUACAACCCUUCGACACCACAAAGGAGGACUUCGGAGAGGUGUCUCAUAACUUGAAGGGUUUGCCACGUGGCAUAAUAGAAGCUAGAUCAGAUUUGGAGUUGAGACCUCUUUGGGGAAGAAGUAGUUCGAAAAAAAGUAGUUCAAAGUUAAAGGCUGACGAUUACAGCUACCGUAAUUUGCUUGCAAUUCCAGCUGGCAUUAAACAAAAGAAAAAUGUUGAUACUAUUGUGAAAAAAUUUAUUCCAGAGAACUUCACAAUUAUUCUCUUUCAUUAUGAUGGCAAUGUGGAUGGGUGGUGGGAUCUUGACUGGAGUAAUGAUGCCAUACAUAUAGCCGCUCGAAACCAAACAAAGUGGUGGUAUGCAAAGCGCUUUUUGCAACCGGCAGUUGUGUCCAUGUAUGAUUUCAUAUUUCUUUGGGAUGAAGAUUUGGGGGUUGAACAUUUUUGCCCAAGAAGGUACCUGGAAAUUGUGAAGUCUGAAGGGCUAGAAAUAUCUCAGCCAGCAUUGCACCCAAAUUCGUCUGGCAUACAUCAUAGAAUUACUGUUCGUGCUCGAACAAAGAAGAUGCACAGAAGAGUCUACGAUAUCAGAGGCAAUGUGAAAUGUUCAGAUAAAAGCGAUGAGCCACCUUGCACUGGAUUUGUUGAAGGCAUGGCUCCUGUAUUCUCAAGGUCGGCCUGGUAUUGUACUUGGCAUCUUAUACAGAAUGAUCUUGUCCAUGGAUGGGGAAUGGAUAUGAAGCUUGGUUAUUGUGCACAGGGCGACCGCACGAAGAAGGUGGGAGUAAUUGAUAGUCAGUACAUUUUUCAUAAGGGCAUACAGACUUUGGGUGGAGCUSGAAGAAAGUCUAAGCCUUCAAAAACUGCAGCCUACGCAAAGAAACAGAACCCCGUUUCUGCUGAUGUUCGAACAGAGAUAAGGAGGCAGUCGACAUGGGAACUUCGGAUCUUCAAAGAUAGAUGGAACAAAGCGGUAGCAGAGGACGAGGCUUGGGUCGAUCCAUUCAAACAAAAUUCAUUUAAAAGUGACAAAAGAUGGAGAACACAAAGACGCCAUCCCCAUUAAUAUAUUCAGCAAGCAAACAUCCUAGAAGAGCACACCUACAUAUGGUCAUGCUGGUUGUACUUCCUUUCAACAUAUAUAUUAUCAUUGCCAUACUGCAACAGUUGUAGCAGUCCAUCUUAUUUUUUUCAUUGAUUGAGCAUUCAAUUUUGUUCCCAUAGAUGGAUUUCCUUUUGUAUGUAGCAGUGUAGCUUCCUCCCCCAGAGCAGAAGGAAGAAAGACAGAAGAAAAAAAAAGAAAAGAUAAAAGAAAGAUAAAAAGUGUUGUAACUAUUGUUAUAGUUGUAAUGAUCCCUGAUGUAGUUGUGAGAGAAGAUGAUUAAUUCCUUGGGAAACAGAAAGCAAAUUUGGCCAACUGGUCUUUGUCUUUUACAUGAUAUAUACAAUCAAAUGGCUUUUUUCUCA